AUGGUACUGAAAGAGGGACAUAGAGCCUGGAGAACUGAGUUUUGGGAACAGCGCCCAUAUCCUGCAACCUUGGAGGAGGGCCAUUCACAGCAAACCCCCAUCCAGUUCUUCUGGGGUCUCCAAACUCUGCAUAGUGAGUCCUUCUUCCCUGCUGCUGAUGCCUCAGAUAACAUCUCGAAUGCCUCCCCAGAGCAGGAAUCCCCAGUAGUUCCCCAUCCGCUUCCUCCAUCCUUGCCUGAGAACCCGCCUCAACUCCUGCCUCAACCCCAGCCCCAACCCAUCCCUCAUAUGCAGCCCCAGGCCCACCUUCAAUCCCCACUCCCAAUCUGGGCAUCUGGUCUUCUACUCGACAUCAAGAUCUGUGGAAUGUGUUUUCACAGAACUCAGAAUGAAUCUAAGAGUCUCACAUCAACAGAAAUGCAACAUCUGGAAUGGAACAUGUUGCAGAAGGUACAGGAACGUGUGUGGGGUUUACCCACUGUAGUCCAAAGAUCCCAGGAGGACUAUUGUCCUUCAGCUCCUAACACUUCUCUCAGCCACAAGGCCACCAAGGCCCAAGUUGUAAUCUCUGUCUCUCCUGGACAGUUUCCUCUGAAUGAAGAGCUUCAGAGAAAACUAGAGAGUCACCUUUGA